UGCAUAUUUUGUUCUGGAACAUGAAGAAUGUGUAUCCUGCAACGUGGUUGUUACUUCUUUUCAUUUCUUGGGGAGACAGCAGUAAUUUGAGACCAGAAGCCAUGCAUAACUGCUAUUUCAAACUCUUAUGCCAAUUAAAUAAUAUUGAAGAAUUCCAAAGACUAGGGGAGGAGAUUGGAGACGAGAUGAAAGAAAAAGGCUGGGGAUGGAUUAAAACAGUUACCGGCGUGGAAGGUCCAGAGAAUACUAUAGAAAACUGGGAUAGAUACCGAAGUAUUGUCUGCGAAUUUUCAGAAGAAGAAAACAGAAAACAAUUUAAUGAAUUUUUCCAAUUGGGUUUCGAAUACUGGUUGGAAGUUUGUGUUAACGCUUUUUCAGAGAGGUGCAAAAAGGCAGGGAAAGCGUCAGAAAUGGUUGCUGAAAUGUUCUUGAGACAUUUUGCUAAUGGUGAUUGUGAGGAGAUAGACGAAACUGACAGUAAAAAGAACAAAAAAAUAGUAUACGGAUAAAGAUUGGACAUAUUUUUUUUUGAAUUAUUACGUUAAGUUGAAGUAUCAUUAAAAAUAUUUAAAAAGUAAA